AUGCCAAAGACAGUAGAUAUCAUGAAGGAACAAGAGCACAACAUCAAGGAUACUCAAGACAGAGAUGAGCAAAUUGUACAAAUCAAUCACAUUGACUUCCUUCGUCCACCCAAGUUUGGUGAUUCAGUUAUAGAGAAAGACAUCAUGCUUUCCUCACUGUUUUCACUUAUGGCAAAGGUUAAUUGGCAUCAAGUUCAAGACAGUGGCUUCAAGCUAUGGGAUGAGGAGUGGAACCCAAUGGCAAUUGAGCAAGUUAUGUCAGAUCGGGAUAGCGAGGAUGAAGUUGAUGAUGACGUUGCUGAUUUUGAAGACCGAAGGAUGCUUGACGAUUUUGUAGAUGUGACUAAAGAUGAGAAGCAAAUAAUGCACUUGUGGAACUCAUUUGUGAGGAAGCAGCGGGUGCUUGCAGAUGGACAUAUCCCAUGGGCAUGCGAGGCAUUCACAAGAUUGCAUGGACCUGACCUUGUCGUAGCCCCAGCUCUGAUUUGGUAA